UCAUGUUUUUGAAACACGUCGCAUAACUAUUCCGGAAUCCAAGCCUUUAGCAAGUAAUCGACUAAAGGGCUAAUAGGUUCUAGACACAUCAGUUAAGACUGAAACUUUGAGCAUAGGCCCUGAAGUCGUUACGCGAUAGCAAGGGGGAAGUCCCACGGCGUGGUAACAACACUCCUCUCACUAUUUUUCAUGUUUUUGAAACACGUCGCACAACCAUUCCAGGAUCCAAGCCUUUAGCAAUUGAUCAACUAAAGGACUAACAGGCUCUAGAUAUGCCAAUAUGGAGAGAACGGAUGGGAUUCAUAAAAGCGCGUCCCAGGAAUAUCUGAAAAAUGCCCGACUCGGCAAAGGUGAAAUUCGUGCAAGAAAACUUAGCAAAGUUUAGUAUAAUCACUUUUUUCAAAAAAUACAGUUACUUGCAUAGCUCUCGCAAUGCCGCCCAGGAAGAUCUUAGAAAAUGUUUAGAAAUUAUCAGUCACACUGGUAAAGCCAAAGAAGCAAAUAUUGCGAAAUCGUACCUGGCUAAUAAUCUAGACAAUAUGUUUAAAUCCAAGCUUGCCGAGGAUUUUUGGCGGAAACUUGAGUUAGGACAAUUAGAAGAAAAAGUAAAAUUCUCUAAGGAAAAACAUAAUAAGACACUUAUAAUUAACGUUUAUCGGGAGCACGAUGCUAUUAGUGGCCUAGUGACCUCUGAAACCGAGGGCUUAAGCCAACAACACCGUGUAUCUUCUUCUAAUGAUGACGUCCUUUCCGAAUUUUCCAAUGAUAAAGACCUUUCCAAUGAUAACGGCCCUUCCAAUGACGACAACCUUUUCAAUAAUGACGAUAAUGAUUAUCUUUCCAAUGAUAACAAUGAUGACUUUUCUAACGGAGGGAAAGAUAAAGAAUAUGAAGGUGACGUGGAUGUUACCGACCUACGUGAGCCACAUGUGAUGAAAGCUGAAACUGGAAAAGAAUUAACUUCAGAUGAAUGGGCGGAAGUACAUGCGUUAGUGGAGAGUUAUCGAUUAAAAAUACCGAAGACGAGGUGUUUAUACAAUCCACUUUUUUACCACAUUGUUGACCAUUCAGGUCAACACGGACCAACCACAAAAUUGCUUAAUCGAUAUAUGUCAUCGAUGCGCCGGUCACUGCCUAACGUGAGCUUUGAUUUACCAAGUCUUUCAGAUGGCCAGGAUAAAUUUUUUGAUGAACUAUUUGCUGCAGAGGAUCUACAAGAUAUUCGCGCGAGUACGCCUGAACAACGAACUGUCAAGAAAUUGGUUUAUAGGAUCAAUGAUGCGAUAAAUUGCCCAAACAAAGACGUCAUCUCAGAAUAUGAACAUACCAUGCGCAAUGUGAUCCCAUUCAUUGACGCAUCAAUCAGAGAUGUGCCUGAUUACGUUAUACAAUAUUUUGAAAGUACACUUCGCGCCACGGCAAUACGUCGUAACUCGGGUGGAGACCCCACAGAGCGUGCACGAAUGGGAUAUAGAGUAGAUGUGCUUAUCAAAUUUAAUGGCCUUCAUUGGAGUCCUGACCUUGGAUGUGGAGAGGUAUCAGGUGGACUUCCGAGGUGCACUUCUGCUAAAGAGUGGAUGGAUACCCUUAAGCUCGGGUGGGAAUUGCGUGAUGUGUGGGUCUUGACCCAAGAUCAGUUAAAUGGAGUUGAUGCCAGUGCUUUAGUCGUGUGGGGCUUUACUGUUGUUGCCCGCACAAUUCGCAUUUACGCACUCACAGCUGCUGGCGGUUUGUUCCAUCUUAUACUUGCUUACGAAGCACCUAUACCAUCAUCAAGAUGGGACAUAUGUAACACCAAAAUCGCUUAUUGCACCAUGUUAGGAUUUUUGCAAAAGUUGGACGCUACCAAGAAGAUGCUCAUCAAUCUGAACAGCGAAAGAACAAAAAUACUAUGCACCGGAGUAAAACGGAAGAAGAUGUCUGCUUUGUUUUGUUCUCCACCAAUUACAGGGUCACCAGCUAAAAAAAAGAAAUAAUAAAAUUUGUUUUCUGUAAACUGAAUAGUUUCGUUAAUGUUGUGUAAUAAUGAUCUUUUUGAGAACAAAGAAAUUCUCUGCGCCACAAAACGCCGUUGCCUGCGAGCUCAAUUGUACCCGCCCACAUAGGAUUUAUAAUUUUUGCAUGGUGUGUGAUAUGCAUCGGAAUAAUAUAAAGAGUUUUUUGCCUAGUAUAUUUGGAAAGAUACCUGUUUUGCUAUUUUAAAAAAA